GAAAACCAGUAGAGUAAAGUUUUGGGAGAGUAACGGAUAACAGUGAAGGACAAAUCAUUUUUUCUCCCUAAAGAUGUUUGAUAAAUAUAUAUUUCUCUAAAACUUUGGCGAAAUGGGUGACCUUCAGCAGAUGACAGUGCUCAUGGCUAUAAUGCAGUGCGUAAUGACAGGAGUGAUGGACAGGAGGAUGGAGGUCACUGAAGCAACGGAAUACCUGAUGAAGUAUGGCUAUCUGCACACUUCACUGGAUCCUCAGAACCAGGGCUUCCAGAAAGAAGAUGUAAUUGAGGCACUCAGGGUGUUCCAGAGGGUGACAGACCUGCCUGUCACUGGAGUGAUUGACAAGGCCACCCUAGAGAUGAUGAGACAGUCUCGCUGUGGCAUAGAGGACCCCUUCAAUCAGAAAACCCUCAAGUACAGAGUGCUGGGCUACUGGCGCAAGAGAAGCCUGACCUGGCGCAUCUACAACUACACUCCAGACAUGCCGAAGAGUGAGACAAAGAGGGCCAUCCGCUCUGCAUUUAAGUAUUGGAGCGAUGUGGCUCCCCUGAGCUGCCGCGAGGUUGAGUAUGGACGAGCCGACAUCAGAAUCUCAUUCCACGCGAAAGAUGCCACUUGUGCCGUGCCUUUUGACGGGAGGGGUCACGUGCUGGCCCAUGCUGAACACCCACAGUCAGGGAUUGUUCAUUUUGACGAGGAUGAAUUUUGGACCGAGGGCAUGUUCUACGGCACUAACCUGCGUAUCAUCGCUGCCCAUGAGAUAGGCCACGCCCUGGGCUUAGGCCACUCACAAUACAGAAGUGCUCUGAUGGCCCCUCUUUACACUGGUUACCGUAGCAACUUCCGUCUGCAUCCCGACGACGUAAAAGGCAUCCAAGCUAUGUAUGGUAAACGUGGUGCAAGUGUUCCAGUUGAGCCCACAGUGACACUCCUCACAGACAGCCUCCCUGAUGCUGAGGGAGACAUCCCAGACCCCUGCACUGCCAGGCUAGAUGCCAUCAUGUUGGGUCCAUGGAGGAAGACAUUUGCAUUCAGUGGUGAUUAUGCAUGGACGGUCUCUGACAUGGGGCACAAUGCACCCAUGAAGAUCGAUCGGCUGUGGAUUGGACUGCCUGGGAACCUGAACGCAGCCGUUUACUCUCAGAGAACCAACAAAACAUACUUUUUUAAAGGUGAUCAAGUGUGGAGAUACACCAGUUUUCUCCUGGACUACGGGUAUCCCAAAGAGCUGAAACGCCUCCCACCUAAUAUUGAUUCCGCUUUGUACUUAGAGAAGAAUAAGAAGCUGGUGUUUUUUAAGGGUACAGGGUACUGGCAGUGGGAUGAGCUGCGUUCCAGUAACCUCAACGUGUACCCCAAACCCUUGUCUAACCUCUUCAAUGGGGUGCCCUCCAGCCCUGAUGCUGCCUUUACCUGGACCAAUGGAAAGAUCUACUUCUUCAAGAGAGACAAGUACUGGCGUGUGAACAGUCUACUGAGCGUAGACAAAGGCUAUCCACUCAGCAAGAGUGAGCGCUGGAUGCACUGUUAGGAGCAAGACACUAGAGGGAAGCAGACACCAUAAGCCUUGAUAGGGUGCUCGUGUGACGUGUGCUCUAUUGACAGUUCAGGGAACCACAACAGCAACCACACUGUGAUAACAUUGUGUUCACACUGUGAGGUGUCUGGAAUCCAUAUAAACAUAUGGCCAUGUACUGGUACAUGAUUUCAAGUGAGGAUUGAGUUAGGUACAGUCAAAGUACAUUAAACUGAAAUGUUAUAUCAAAUUAAUUCUUUUUGAAACACAAUAACUUUUAUCAGGUUGAGUAUUGAGUGUUGUCCCACAUAAGUAAAAUGCAUUUCUUGUUCUGGAGCAGUAACCUGCUGGGUUUGUUCAUAUCUUUAUGGCCUAGCUCUCUGUUUCCAUGAAACACAAGCAGGACCUCCAGCUGUAUUAAUCUGCUCUUUUCUUCCAACAGCCCAAACGUGUUAGGCUUAGAUCAGACUGUGUGUGUGCGUGUGUGUGCGUGUGUGUGUGUGUGUGUGUGUGUGUGUGUGUGUGUGUGUGUGUGUGUGUGUGUGUGUGUGUGUAUUUGUUAUGAUCUUAGGGGGCAUUCCAGGGGGGGGCAUUUUCUCCCUCACCACAGAUGUGGAUUGGAUUAUUCAGUUGUUGUGUGUCCUCUUUUCAGUAUGUGUACUGAUUUCAACGGUGUUCCAGUUAGAAACUUCUCGUUUUCUUUUGACGUUUCACUUGCAGAUACUGUGGGCGGGUCUGAAAAAGUAUUUGUGAGUUCAUUGUCGUCAUGUUAUGCAUUUCUAGGACUAUGGUGUGUAUAUGUUAUCACUGCCCACAAAGAGAAACAUGAUAUCAUUGGUGUUCAGACACCAGCUUUCACAGGUCUACAUUUUAUAACUGGUUUAUAAUUGUGUACUAAUGUUGCUGUUGAACCUCAUCAUGCUUAUUGAUGUGGCUCAUACAAGCUCAAGGGAAUUCACAUUUCAGUGUAUAGGCCUAACAUUUGAAAAUAAAAAUUGUACUCUGAACAAAAAUA